AUGGUGACUCCAGACUUUGCCCGCAGCUGUCCCGAUCACGAGCCAAUGAACUGUUUCGGUCUUAUGAGUGAACUCAUGUCUGCUGUGGACAUCCUUUCCGCCCGACAAAAUCAGUGGUGUUCCUCAAACGACACCAAGAGCACAAUUCAGGUGUUGAAGGCGGCACAGAGUUCGACGCUGCUAUUUGUUCAGAAAUCAGUGGAUGAGGUGGAUGAAGAGGCAGGUAAACCUAAGGAUCUUCGCUACUUUGACGAGGACUCCGCCUGCUCCGUGUUCUUUAAACAUUCCACCUGCUACGAUGUAUUGCCAGAGAGUGGAAAGCUCCUCGUCUUGGACUCUGCUCUUCCCAUUCGGCGGGCUAUGCAGGCUUUGAUCGACCACUCUUUGGCUGCAGCACCAAUCUGGUGCAGUCGUCUUCAAUGCUACACUCAGUUACUCACAACUGGCCUCUGCCUUCGCCUCCUUGCCCAAGCCUUUCCCCUCACUGCCCCCACCACCCAGACCGAUGGCGCCGAAGAUGACCCGGUGACAAAGAAAGCCUCAGAUCCUGCAGUCAUUAUGGGCUAUUGGGAAGAGAAAACCAUAGGCAGUGUACUAAAUACAUUCUUUAACUGGGCUCAUUCCGAGUGCCCUCAGGAAGCCAUGCCAGAAGCGGUCACCAUUGUAACGCCACAGGACCAUCUUUACGGUGUCACACGGGUCCUCACCUUGGCGACGGUUGUGCCUGUCAAGGGGUCCGCGUCUCCCUCAAAUGUGUCACCACCUCCCCGUUAUGUUAUGAUUGCGGAUCGGUAUGGGAGUGGAAACUUGUUGGGACUACUGAAUACAGACCGGCUUUUGGCGUAUUUGCGUGUGAGAAUGAGAAAUCUGCCUACUCCUAGCACUCUUAGUGUGAACGUAGGAGACUUGCCAGGCAUUCGAUGGGAGGAGAGAGGGUGGCAACUGGCUGAUUCUGCUGAUUUCGAUGAUGAAGACACUACCGCUGCUGCCACUCCCAAUGAUGACGGUCGCCUGCACAGACGUAGAGUUGUUUAUCCUGGCAACGUCAGUGGAAACAUCUUCUAUCUUCAUCCCACCACAACGUGUCGUGAGGCACUGCACAUCCUUAAUGCUGCGUGGAGUAGGGCCGGUAUGGCUUGUCUUCCCGUGGCUGGGGAGAAUGGGAAGGGAUUCCAGGGCAUGUUCACCAAGCACGACAUCCUUGUGAGCCUAUUUAAGCACGAAAUUCUCCUUCAUGGAGCUAUCUUCGCUGGACCCCUGGAAGUCGCAUUGAACGCCACGGUUGGUACAAUAAUGGCGGUUCGUCCUAGACACACCGGAUACACAAACCAGGCGAUGUGCUACACCUCCGAGUGUCUUGUUGCUGUCCUUGAUCGAAUGUUCCGCCAAAAGGCUCCAUGUCUAGCGGUGUUCGAGAAGCCAAGUUCAGGUGCUAGUUGGAAUGGACAGGCCGCCCUAGGACCAGCUAUUGGAGUCAUAACUUCGAGUGACCUUCUCCACACAAUUGUUCUUGACGCACCAACACCUCCUUCCUCUGCCGCCUCUAUUGAAACUUCCGACGAUGUGUUUGUUCAAAAGGGAGCAUCAACCAAGGUCACCGGGGCCAAAAAUACAUCGUCCAUUGGUCGGAAUAAGCGACUUUCACUACCGAUUGACCAACUUAUGACAAACUCGGUGUCGGGGAUGCAGCCUGUCUCACCGUUUGGAACUCAUCAGCAUGGCUUAACACGAAUCUUCCAUCGGUCGAAACGGUAUUCAGAGGGUGAAAUAUCUCCUCUGGAGGGCCCGUAUGCGGCCACCACUAACAGCCAUGCUCAACGGUCUCAAAUGCACCAAUCAGGCCGAGGCGCCCAACGCCCCAUUGAAGAGACGUCGCCAACCAACCAACAACAGUCGCACGCAGUUGACGAUGGAACGCUCUUUGAGAUGGACGAGUGCGUGUAG